AGGGCCUCAUCCAUCACACACACUCAAGAGGCCCUACCUACCUACUGUCACCAGACACAGUACAGGAGGCCAGGGCAUCAGCCAUCACACACACUCAGGAGGACCUACCUUGCCGAGCAACACUGAACCAUGGGAAAACAGAAGAUGUGGUUGGACAAGCUGGCACGGAACUUCCAGAUCCGUAACCUGCUGCUGCGCCAGGCUCUGGCAGAGUGUCUGGGUACCCUCAUCCUGGUGAUGUUUGGUUGUGGUGCGGUGGCUCAGCUGGUGCUUAGUGGAGGAUCUCAUGGCAUGUUCCUCACCGUGAACUUUGCUUUUGGCUUCGCUGCCACCCUAGGGAUCCUGGUCUGUGGCCAAGUAUCAGGAGGCCAUCUAAACCCGGCGGUGACCUUUGCCCUCUGCCUGCUUGGGAGAGAACGCUGGAGAAAGUUCCCAAUGUACUUUGCCUUCCAGACACUUGGCGCUUUCCUGGGCUCCGGGAUCAUCUUUGGUCUGUACUUUGACGCUCUGUGGGGCUUUGCUGGAAAGCUCAUCGUUACCGGGCCCAACGCCACCGCUGGCAUCUUCGCCACCUACCCUGGCGUACAUCUCAACCUGCUCAAUGGCUUCUUUGACCAGGUGAUUGGCACGGCAGCGUUGAUCGUGUGUAUCCUGGCCAUCGUAGACCCCUACAACAACCCCAUCCCCCAGGGCCUGGAGGCCUUCACGGUGGGCUUCGUGGUGCUGGUCAUUGGCCUGUCCAUGGGCUUCAACUCCGGCUACGCCGUCAAUCCUGCCAGGGACCUGGGGCCUCGUCUCUUCACCUCCCUGGCAGGCUGGGGCACCGAGGUCUUCACUGCCGGUAAGUGCUGGUUCCUGGUGCCCAUCUUUGCCCCGUUCAUAGGCUCCACCUUCGGGGUGAUAGUCUAUCAACUGAUGGUGGGCUACCAUCAAGAGGGAGAGGCUCGCGACAAGAAGAGGAGGGAGGAUGAGGAGAAAGAGGAAGUCAGAGUCAGACUCACUAAUAUCACCAAAAAGGAUGUCCUAAAGGAAGAGAUGGUAUGAGUCUCUUAACCUACCACUCUCCAGCAGCCUUCACUCCCCACCACUACCACCACUACUACUACCACUACUACUACCACCACCAACACCACUAAUACCACCACCACCACCACUACUACCACCAUCACCACAACCACCACCACUACUACCAUCACCACCACCACCA